UAGGCAUCACUUUCUCCCCUCCAUUUCUUUCCUCCAAUAAAAAAAAAAAUACAUUUCCAUUUUCAAUGACCAAACAAAAUUUUCUGGUUUCCGCAAAAUUCCAUCUUGGGAAACAAUCUUAAGAAAUUGUUCAUGUGCAAGCAACAAUCUUAUGAAAUUCAGAAGAUUUGUUGAAGAUUAGAAAUGAUUAGAAGGAAGGUCGCCGCUAAAUGCAGAUUCUUGUUUGUUUGGAUACUCGUCCUGAGCUUUCCGCGGCAGAUUGUUGGCCAAGGCGACGAUGAUGACGACCACCGUCCGUCUGGAUCAGUUCAUGAUCUUAAAAACAAUCCGGCCGGAGUUCAGACGGUAAAUAACAUGGUUUACUCUCGCUUCUCUAAUCUCACCUCUGUCUUAAAGGAUGACAUUUCCAAGCAUUUUGGUUUCUGCAUCACCGACGUGGAUGCUGAUUGGAAUGAGGCAUUUAAUUUCUCAAAAGAUACAAGUUUCUUGUCCAAUUGUGCCAGAAAAACCCAAGGAGAUAUGAUGCAGCGGUUGUGCACAGCAGCUGAGAUAAAAUUAUACUUUGAGAGCUUCUCUAAGCAGGAUGAUCGAUUACAGGGGACUGUUUUUUUGAAGCCUAACGAGAAUUGUAAUUUAAGCUCGUGGGUUUCUGGGUGUGAGCCAGGAUGGGCAUGUAGUGCUGGUUUAACUUUCCUGCUCAUCAUUAUAUACAACUGCUCUGACCAAGUUCUUGCAACCCGAGAGAAAAGACAAGCAAAAUCCAGAGAGAGGGCUGUUCAAAGUGUAAGAGAAACACAAGCACGUGAAAAAUGGAAAUCUGCAAAAGACGUUGCUAGGAAGCAUGCAGUUGGGCUGCAAGCAUCUUUAUCACGUACAUUCUCAAAGGUAAAAUCUCAAAGGCAACAAGACCCGCUGAGGGGUCUAGGUCAAGCUAAACCUGGAACAGAUGGUGCCUUUCCACCCAUGGCUUCAGAAUCAUCCCAGCAAACAAAGAAGGGAAAGAAAAAGGAGAACGGAAACCUCACAAAGAUGUUACACGACAUAGAGGAUGACCCUGAUAGUCAUGAAGGCUUCAAUAUAGAAAUUGGAGGUAAAAAUUCUAAGAAAAAUGCUCCAAAGGGUAAGAAUUUACAUACUCAGAGCCAGAUGUUCAGAUAUGCGUAUGGCCAAAUAGAGAAGGAGAAAGCUCUCCAGGAGCAGAACAAGAACUUCACCUUCUCCGGCGUAAUUUCAAUGGCUAGUGAUAUUGAAAUUAGGAAGAGGCUAACAAUUGAGGUUGCUUUUAAAGAUUUAACCAUCACUUUGAAAGGGAAAAACAAACAUCUGAUGAGAUCUGUGACUGGGAAAUUAUUUCCUGGUCGAGUUUCUGCUGUUAUGGGUCCAUCUGGGGCUGGAAAAACGACAUUUCUUUCUGCUUUGACUGGAAAAGCAGCAGGUUGCACCAUGAGUGGAAUGGUUCUUAUAAAUGGAAAGAAUGAGCCAAUCCAAGCAUAUAAGAAAGUAAUUGGUUUUGUUCCCCAAGACGAUAUUGUGCAUGGAAACUUGACAGUGGAGGAGAAUCUCUGGUUCAGUGCAAAAUGCCGGUUGGCAGCUGAUUUGCCAAAAGCUGAAAAGGUUCUAGUAGUAGAAAGAGUUGUUGAGUCUUUGGGGCUGCAGCAAGUGAGGGAUUCUCUCGUUGGGACAGUGGAGAAGCGGGGAAUAUCUGGGGGUCAGAGGAAACGAGUAAAUGUUGGGCUGGAAAUGGUAAUGGAACCUUCACUUUUGAUAUUGGAUGAACCAACAUCUGGUUUGGACAGUUCAUCUUCCCAGUUACUACUAAGAGCUCUUCGACGUGAAGCUGUUGAAGGGGUAAACAUUUGCAUGGUCAUUCACCAGCCAAGCUACACCUUGUUCAGGAUGUUUGAUGAUUUGAUACUGCUUGCAAAGGGUGGUCUUACAGUAUAUCAUGGACCAGUGAAGAAAGUUGAGGAGUACUUUGCUAGCAUUGGAAUUACUGUCCCUGAUCGUAUUAAUCCCCCAGAUUACUACAUUGACAUUUUGGAGGGCUUGGUAAAACUACCUACAAGUUCAGGGAUUACUCAUCAACAACUUCCAGUUCGAUGGAUGCUUCAUAAUGGAUACCCUGUUCCUUUGGAUAUGCUACAUAGUGUGGAAGGAGUGGCCUCAUCCUCAUCUGCUGAAAUUUCAGCUCAUGAUGGAACGGCUCCUGAUGCUGAAUCUCAGGAACAGUCUUUUGCUGGCGACUUUUGGCAGGAGAUGAAGUGUAGUGUUCAGACAAAGAAGGACAACAUACAGUUAAAUUUCCUCAAGUCAGGUGACUUAUCACAAAGGAAAACCCCUGGCGUGUUAAAGCAGUACAGAUACUAUCUUGGGAGGGUUGGUAAGCAGCGGCUACGGGAAGCUCGAGCACAAGCUAUGGAUUAUCUGAUUUUAUUACUUGCUGGAAUUUGCUUAGGAACGCUUGCUAAAGUGAGCGACGAAACAUUUGGUGCAACGGGUUAUACAUACACUGUCAUUGCCGUUUCUCUCCUAUCCAAGAUUGCAGCUUUGAGAUCCUUUUCUCUGGAUAAGCUACACUACUGGAGAGAACGCUCUUCUGGUAUGAGCAGUCUGGCCAACUUCCUCGCAAAGGAUACAAUUGACCACUUGAACACAAUCAUCAAGCCACUGGUCUAUCUUUCAAUGUUCUACUUCUUCAACAACCCAAGAUCAUCAAUAAUCGAUAAUUAUUGGGUUUUGCUCUGUCUAGUCUACUGUGUAACGGGUAUAGCAUACAUCUUAGCCCUUGUUUUUGAACCUGGUCCUGCUCAAUUGUGGUCAGUGAUUCUACCAGUUGUUUUGACUCUGCUAGCAACUUCUGAUGAUACUAGCAUGUUUGUCAAAGCCGUAGCUAAUGUGUGCUACCCUAAGUGGGCUUUGGAAGCAUUUGUGAUAUCAAAUGCGAAAAGAUACUCAGGAGUGUGGCUGAUAACAAGGUGUGGUUCUCUCUGGAAAAAUGGGUAUGAUCUCAAGCAUUUUGGUAGUUGUCUAGGCCUCCUUGUACUUACAGGUAUCGGCAGCCGUGCUUUUGCUUUCUUUUACAUUUUAACCUUCAUGAAGAAAUAGACGCUACGCUGCCGUCAAUACUUUAUAUGAUGCUUAUUUCUCCGGUGGUUUCUGUAUCAAAAUGAGAAAGUUCAAUACCCAGAAAUCCUGCUUCAGAGCAGCUUAUUAUAGGAAUGACCAACUCGGGGUAAAAUUCUCGAUCAUUGUAAAGAAGGCAGGAAACAGUUGCACAUCGGAAAAGUUUGAGUAAGAACCUGAUCUACAUAAUUUCUUUUGGUGAUAGAAAAAUACAGCAGUAACUCAGUC